UGCCGGGAGCAGCUGGAGCACAUGGUGGCAUAUGUCACCAGCGAGACGUCCCCGUCCGACAUCAGGCUGUUCUUGGACGUGUGGUGGGAGGUGAUGAAGCACAAGGAAGGGCAGGAGGACGUGACAGUCUCUGCGUUCGGUGCUCUCAUGUGCCAGCACGGGGGUGAGUCCUCUCUGGACGAUGGUCUGCAGCCCCCAAAGAGGUUCAAGGGUGACCCUGUGAACAUCCCCCCAGCUGCCCCCAGGCUGUUCAUGGUCCUGGUGGAGGGGUUGAAGCAGAUCCACGGGAACAUCACCCAGCCCCGCAUGCAGUGCUACGCCCUGGCCAACCUGGCCGAGCUGCUCUCCGUGUUCACUGAGCUGGAGCCAGCGGGCAGCUCCCUCCCCACCACAGAGUACCUGCACAAGGUCAGUGCCACGGUCAGCCUCUGGACCAGCGACCCUGACAGCCAGUUCCACCACAGCGAGCUGGGAGAGAAGGUGAGGGAAGCAGAGAGAACCAUGAGCCUCCUGUCUGUGACCAAACUCUCCCGUGAUGAGCUCUUUGUUGGCUUGGAGUUCCUCUGCAGCUUGUUGCGUGCCUGGGGAGAGGAGCUGCAGGAUGCUCUGAGCAGCUCCGAGCAGCUCUGCUAUGAGAGCUACCGGCUCCUGGACACUCUGACCACCCUUGGGAAGAACCUGGUUUGCUUCUCGGAGACCAGAGACGUGGGUGAGGAUGAGACACGUGUAGUGUUAGAGCUGACACAGGUCACCAAGGACUUUCUCAAGGAGAGCAGUGCCAGCCCGAAGAGCAAGGAUUUGGCCACCACCAGCCUUGUGUCUUCAGUUGCCAUGGCAAUCAUUGCUCAAAAGCUGGACCGGCAUGCAGACAUGUGCUCUGUUUUUGCAUCUGAAAAGACCUGGGCCUUUUCAAAGGCCUGGGUUGACUGCCUUGUGCAAAAUAAAGCUCUCUUCCAGAAACCAGAGCUAGUUUUGAAAUUGCUGGAGACACUGGUGAGCUUUGCUACAUCCUGUCAAGACAAGGAGGCCCGAGAGCUGCAGGUGCAAGUGACCAAAGCCAUCAUGGACUGUUACACUGAGCUUUCAUUAACUGACAAAAACAAGGUGAUCUCGGGUGUCCUGACGUCCUGGGGUGGACCAGGUCUGUCCCUGAACUUGCAGGUUGUCAGGGAAGGGUUCCAAGAGGAUCUGAAUGUGACUUUCAACCAGAUCACAAAGAGUGUGUCCGAUGAAGGCCUGACCAGGGCUGUGGCUUCUGUGGCCAGGCUCAUGCUGCUGUACCCCGAGGCUACGGUGAAGCAGGUUUGUCAUCUUGCUGUGGUCAACCUAGGAGCACACCAGUUCCUCACACAAAUCCUCUGCUCCUUCCCAGCACUGAGGUUCCUGGAGACCCAAAAGGAUCCAGGCAGGCCACACAACCUGGUGGUGAGGUGUCUGGAGGAGGCAGUAUGGGGGAAGCUUUCCACUGUGAGGGAAGAGGAGCAGUUCCUUCAGUUCCUGACCUUUCUCAUGCAGCCAGGCUCUGCCACCCCACUUGUGUCACCUGCAGAGGUGACCAAAGCUUUUGUCCUUCCCUAUUUGAAGUCAGACUCUCCUCAGAUUGAGCUGAGCCUACAGGUCCUCAGUAAGGCUUUGGGAAUACAGCCCUGUUCAGAAGAGCACUGGAUCAAAUCCUGUCACCCAUUCCCACUUCUACUGAGCCUCUGCAAGCUACUAGAUGGUUACACCAGGUACUGGCAUCAGCCUACGGAGCAGCUCUUCCCUUCACUGGAGACCAAAGACCUGAUUCUGAAUAUCCUCUGCCAGCUCUGCGAGGUGGUGGGACCAGAAUCUGCCCCCUCCCCGGAGCUGUGGGUCCAGUCCCUGGCCUGGCUCCACAGGAAGGUGGCAUCCCUGGACUGGACCGUCGGGCUCAGACUGAAGAAGCUUUAUGGAGACCACUUCAAGAACGAGGUCCCGGCGACACUGUUCGAGAUCUGCACCCUCCCUGAGGGCGAGUGGACAUCCCAGUCUUUGCCAGCCUACGGACCGGGCAGCGGGCUCCUGGCGUGGAUGGAGUGCUGCUGCGUGUCCCCAGCGCUCAGGGACACGAUGCUGGCACUCCUCACCGUCAACGUGGACAACCCUGAAGAAGUGAACCUCUUCAGCAAAGGGUUCCUGGUGGCCCUCAUUCAGGUGCUCCCCUGGUGCAGCCACAGCGAGUGGAAGAGGCUCAUACACGUGGUGGAAAACCUGCUGCAGAGGCAGGUCCUGCACGUGCCCUACACGCUGGAGUACGUGCAGUACAUGCCCCUCCUCAACCUCCGCCCGUUUGCCUGCUACCUCCAGCUCUCCGUGCUCUUCCUGAGGGGCUUCCAGCUCCUCUGCAGCUCCAGCUGCUCCACCUGGCUGCCCCCAGAGGCCUGGCUCCACGUGGUGCAGCUGUACUGCGGCAGCCUGACGGACCUGCUGACCUCCGUCAAGGGCACGGCGGGACCCCCCUCGCAGCCCGCCGGGGACGGGACCUCCCCGCAGGAGGUGUCCUUCGUCUGCAUCCAGAUGUUCUGCCACCUGCUGCACGUGGCUGCCAUGCUGCCGGGCCAGGGCUGCGGGGAGCCCCUGGUGGUGGUGGCCCUGGAGAUCCUGUCGCAGUACGAGGCGUUCAGCAACGCCGACACGUCCCCCAGCAACACCCUGCGGAGGGCUAAUGAGAGGCACUUCCUGGAGGCCAUCACGGACAACGUGGGGGACAGGGAGCUGCGCAGCACCCUCCUGCAGAAGCUCAGCAAGCUGGGGGCACACCUGGCCGGGGAGCCGGAUUGAGGAGCUGGAGAGGGUGACAGAGGAGAGCACUGACAAGGGACCCCUUACCUGGACGGUAACAACAGCCGUGACUGGGACGAGAUACAACACCCAGAAGAUCCAGAUCUUCCAGAGCUUGGCCGCUGGUUUCAGACAGAAUGAAAGGCACAGCGUGGUCACCGGUCUCCCAGGUGUGGGCC